CAGGGAAAUAGCAGGCGGGAUAUAGAAAAAGUUGUAUCAUGGCUGAAGUGAAGUUGCGAUAAAUACCAUUUUACAGAAUCUAAAAACACGAAAGUAGGCUGCGAACAGUAGAGUAAAGGUGUCUUAUCUCUAUGAAAAACGUUAAAUGUGUGUUCUAGCAUGUAUUGAGUAAAGACAGGGCAGCGGGUUUGGCCCAUGAAGGCUAACGUGAUCCUCUCCGAGCUCCUUCAUUAGGUCAACAUGUUUGGGUGUUGAAUUUGAAUCUCUUUGGACAAAAUGUCUGGCUUCAACUUCGUAUCGGGGACUCUUGGCGCCACCAAUGCGGGUGGAGGAUUCCCGUUUGGGGCGGCAGCCAGUGCUCCUGCGGCCAGUACUGGUGGCAUUUCUUUUGGGACUGCUCUGGCAGCAGCAGCUGCGACGCCUGCCGCCGCCGCCACUGGCACCGCCGCCCCAUCUCUUGGUCUUGGAGGCAGCCUCUUUAGUCAGAAACCCACUGGAGGAUUCUCUUUCAACACGCCUGCCUCAAGUGGUGCUGUAGCACCCACUACAGGUCUUACACUGGGUGCCCCAGCUGCCCCAGCUGCGUCCACUGCUACCACUGGCUUUAGUUUGGCUUUCAACAAGCCCAUCGCCUCUGCCACACCUUUCUCCCUCACCACAACUACUGCGUCCUUAACACCUGCGGCUGGUUUAAGUUUUGGCUCUGUCCUGACAUCCACAGCCCCACAGCAACCUGCCGCCACAGGCUUUGCUCUUGGCCUUGGUGGCACGACAACUACUGCAUCAGUCGCGUCAGUGCCAUCGCUGGGUGCAGGUCUGUUCUCCAGCUCUGGGGCCACAGGUUUGGGUCAAACUACUCUUGGAGGAGGAAGUGCGUUAACAUUGGGGUCUUUGCUGUCUAGCUCCACAGCUGUAUCAGCUGCUCCUGCCCCAAGUGUUGGCCUGGGUGGAGUCGACUUUAGCACAUCCUCUGAGAAUAAGAGUGACGCAUCUGGCGCCAAUGCACAGGACAGUAAAGCUUUGAAAGAUGAGAAUCUUCCCCCAGUUAUCUGUCAAGAUGUUGAAAACUUUCAAAAAUUUGUGAAGGAGCAGAAGCAGGUUCAGGAGGACAUCAGCAGGAUGUCAUCAAAGGCCAUUUCUAAAGUCCAAGAUGACAUCAAAAGCCUCAAACAACUUCUUUCUGUCAGUGCCAGUGGUCUGCAGCGCCAAGCUCUUGCCAUUGACAAACUAAAGUUGGAAACAGCACAGGAGCUGAAAAAUUCUGACAUAGCGCUGCGUACCCAAAAGACACCACCUGGACUUCAGCACGAAAACACUGCUCCAUCAGAUUAUUUCCAUGGCCUGGUGGAACAGUUUGAAGUACAGUUGCAACAGUACCGGCAGCAGAUAGAAGAGCUAGAGAACCAUCUGACAACGCAGAGCAGUGGCUCUCACAUCACCCCUCAGGAUCUGACUUUGGCCAUGCAGAAAUUGUACCACACGUUUGUUGCACAGGCUGCCCAGCUUCAGUCUAUCCAUGAGAAUGUUAAGAUUUUGAAGCACCAGUACCUCUCCUACCGCAGAGCCUUCCUGGAAGACUCUACAGAUGUCUUCGAGUCCAAACGGGCAUCUAACAGGAAAUGGCAGAGUGCGCCACGAGUCACAACUGGGCCUGCCCCAUUCUCCAGUGUUCCCAAUGCUGCAGCUGUUGCCAUGGCAGCCACACUGACCCAGCAACAGCAGCCAACUCCAGGUUUCGGUGCUGGGCCAGGGUUUGGUGGGAUGGGGACUGGGGGGUCUACGUUUGGCUUCUCCACCACCGGUAAGCCCACGGGAGGCAGUCUGAGUGCAGGUUUUGGUGGUAGCAGUAGUUCAGGCUUCAACUUCAGCAAUCCUGGCAUCAACCCGUCUGCUGGCCUGACCUUUGGCGUGUCUAACCAACCUGGGGCAGCCUUUGCCACAGGAACCCCACUUCUGCAACUGAAGAAACCCCCUGCUGGUAACAAGAGAGGCAAGAGAUAGAAACAGGAAAACACAGGAACCUUUGACUGAGUACCGGACUAGCAAGUCAGCCGUGGCCUCCCAAAAGCAUACAAGUAGUGUUUCAAGGAUCAUGCCACUUUGAGGAAAAUGUCAGAGAUCUAAUUGGAUCUAUCAUCAAUCAGGAUUCCCAAUAAUUAUUUUAAGUUUACCCUAUUCUCAGUCAACAUCAACGUG